CAAACAGCCUUGUCGUCAUCACCAUCAUUCUACCAUUGCAUCAUUUGAGUGUUAUUCAGUACUGUUACCAGUAUUCUACAACAUGGAUAGGAGGAGUUUUAUAUCUGAAGAAGAAAGGAUCCCGGAUCAUUCCCAUAUAUUGCUCAUCACAACAGGGAGUGUAGCAUCAAUCAAAGCUCCCCUCAUUGUCUCAGAACUUCUACAAUAUGCAAACGUAAAGGUUGAGGUUGUCUCGACAACGAAGUCACUUUCAUUCUUUAAAGCUGCAGAUGUAAUCGAGGCAGGCUCGAGGGUAUGGACUGACGAGGAUGAGUGGUCGGAUGACUACAAAAUUGGAGAUCCUAUCUUACACAUUGAACUCAGACGAUGGGCUGAUCUUGUGCUGGUCGCACCGUGCUCAGCCAAUACGCUGUCGAAAAUCGCACACGGCACAUGUGAUAACCUCGUUACAUCUCUUCUACGGGCUCUGGCUCCAACAACUCCCACGUACAUAUUUCCAGCUAUGAACACUCUUAUGUACGAACAUCCACUCACUGCAGAGCACGUUCGUAUCAUCCGCGAUAUAGUGCGCUAUAAAGUCGUGGGACCGAUAGGUAAAGGAUUAGCAUGCGGAGAUAUUGGCCUUGGUGCUAUGACAGAAUGGCGGGAUAUUAUUAGAAUUGCCGUUGAUAAGCUGCAGUUGAUUCGAAAAAGCUCUCAAGUUUAAAUACAGCAUAUUCAAUGAUGCGAAAGCAUUGUAACAUUUAAUUUAGUAAUCCUAUCAGCCUGCUAACUCUAAGGAAAUGUUGUGGAGAUCACUUCUUUUUCUUUUCAUCCUACAAUCUAGAAAUGGACCUUGCUUCAAUCAGACACCCAUUUCUUAACUUCUUCAGGUGAUUUUUUCCUUGCAAAUACAUGGAUAUGGGCUAAUCCAGGAACACUUUGAAGCCUCGGAGGAUUAACAAACCAGGCUGUCUCCCACUCUCCCUCGAUCCACCUCCGUUUUAUGAAAUUAUUCACUUCUAAGCCAGCUCGCUUGACCUUCUCUUCCUCUUCGUCGCUCCCUCUCGGCGACGUCACCAAUUUGUCGAUUGUGACUCCCCAAUCUGUCAGAGCCGGGAGGCAUUGCGGCAGUGUAGAUGGCGAGGGAGGAGGAUCGAUGGAGCCAGUGAAGCCCCACAAGCCAUCCUGCUGGAUACGUGCAUCUAUAGAAUCGGAUACAAAUUUUGGAUGAAAAAUGGGCACACGAGUCCAAACUAAGAAUACUACCUGAAUAUGGCCAGUCGUUUUGGAUGAUGCUGAUAAGUUCGGAAUCAAAGGGUAUACCAGCAUGGAAGUACUCUGGAGCAUCUUUCGGUAAAGUGGGGAGUGAUUGUAUAUUUUUCGACGAGGCGCUCUGUGCUUCUGCUACUAGUAUCAUUUGUCCAAUAGCUUGCUUGU